UGGAAGCAACGGCUGGUCUGUACCUGGAGUCAGGAUAAUGCUGUGACUCUUCAAAGAGAAAUAUACAGGGACCUUGAACUAGAUUCCUGCCAAAAGUGGUGAGAAGCAUCGAGCCAUAUUUCUGGAAAGAAAAACAGCGUGAGGAUUCUCCAAAGUGAUUUCACGAACAUUGAAAGUGAAAAAAUAAUUAUCUUUGAAGUCCCAAGCCAAAUGGCCACACAGGACUCCUCUGUGAAGUUGAGCAAGAAUGAGUCUCAGGGGAGCAAAGGACUCUUUGCAACUGAAGAAAGAACGGAGGGGAAAGGAGUAAGGGAGGACUGUCCUCCUGUGGACCACCGUGCAGAGAAUCAAGUCAGACUUACAUCUGCUGUAACAGAACCCAUGUCUCCACUCUCCCUUAGGGGGGCAAUUUGCCAGAAUGUCCCGUUCAAAGAAUCUUUAGUUUCCUUUGAGUGUAACGAUAAAGACAUUUGUACCCGGAAAUCACAGUUGCUCAAUUACAGUCAUCAGAGAGAACAUACAGAGAAAUCCUAUAACUGUAAUGACUGUGGGAAAAUACUUACCUCCAGCACAGUCGGUCAUCUCUGUGAGAAAUUCCCAACUGCACAGAAACUGUACAAAUGUGAUCAGUGUGAUAAAGACUUCAUUCAGAACUCAGAACUACUACUGCAUCAGAGAGACCACCUGGAUGAAAAGCCCUGCAGGUGUGAGCACUGUGGGAAGGGCUUCACCAGGAGCUCAAGUCUGCUGAUACAUCAAGCAAUCCACAGGGAGGAGAAGCCUUACAAAUGUGACAAGUGUGGGAAGGGCUUCACCAGGAGCUCAAGUCUGCUCAUCCAUCAUGCAGUCCAUACAGGUGAGAAACCUUACAAGUGUGACAGGUGUGGGAAGGGCUUCAGCCAAAGCUCAAAGCUACAUAUCCAUCAGAGAGUCCACACUGGAGAGAAGCCCUAUAAGUGUGAAGAGUGUGGCAUGAGCUUCAGUCAGCGAUCAAACCUGCACAUCCACCAGCGUGUCCAUACGGGCGAGAGGCCCUACAAGUGUGGGGAAUGUGGGAAAGGUUUCAGCCAGAGCUCAAAUCUGCAUAUCCACCGAUGCAUCCACACAGGAGAGAAGCCCUACCAGUGCUAUGAAUGUGGGAAAGGCUUCAGCCAG